AUGACCAAAGUCCUAAAAGACGGCACCGUCUUAACCUUCGAUGACACAGCCCAAUCAAUCCACGUCCUCGAAAAGGCCUCAAUCCUAAUCGAAAAUGACCGCAUCACCGCAAUCUCAGAAGACCCUGACUUCCCAGUCCCCCAAGAUGCAGAGGUAAUAAACGUCCACGGCAAAUUAGUCACGCCGGGUUUCGUCAACACACACAUCCACACUUGGCAGACGGUAUACCGCACCAUCGGUCCCAAUGUCUUCCUUUCGCAGUACUUCGAAUGGCUGGGCCAUAUCUCUCCUGCUACGGCGGCUUUUACACCUGACGAUGUGUAUAUCAGUUCAUUGGAGGGAUACCUUGAGGGAUUGCAUGGAGGAGUAACAUCGUAUGUUGAGCAUGCGCAUAAUAAUUGGAGCGCGGAUGUUGUUGAGCCGGGGUUUAAUGCCGCGGUGGAUAGCGGCGCGAGAGUAUGGUGGUGUUAUGAUGUUGCAGAUCGGGAGGGGUUUAAGAUAAAGCAGCAAUGGGAGGCUUUGGGGAGGAUCGGGGAUAAAGUGACUGAGGGGUCGCCAGUGCAAUUGGGGCUUUCGGUGGAUGGGUUGUCGGGUUUGUUUGGUAAUGAUCCGGAUGGUCACUUGGGUUAUAUGCGAGAUAUGGUCAGGAAACUGGAUGUUCAAGCCAUCACUAUGCAUCACUUGGGAGGUCCCUGGCCGGGUAAGUCAAUUCUCAACAGAAAAACGCGGAAUGACAGACUAAUAGCGACAGCCCGCAAAACCGCCCCCUCUGACAUCAACCUCAGCACCCUUCAUACAACUAAUCUCCCCAUAAUCUAUUCCCACGCCCCCUUCCUCGCAGACUCAGACCAAAAGGCCUUGCGGGAGAAUAACCACUUCAUCUCCAUCACCCCCGAAUCCGAAUUCCAUUUCGGACACGGCCAAGCCACCGGCCACCUAAUCACCGACCAAGCAUCCCUAGGCCUCGACACAAACUGGACCUUCUCCGGUGACAUGCUCUCACAGACCCGACUCUGGUUGCAAAACGUUCGAAUAACUAAAUCCCACCGCACCUUGGAGACAGGAAAACUGCCAAGAACGAACCCCUUCACCGUUGAAGAGGCAUUCCUCAUGGCUACACGACAAGGCGGUCGCGCUCUGCGCCGCGAUGAUAUCGGUGUGAUCAAGGUCGGUGCUAAAGCUGAUUUGGUCGUGUUCAACGGCGACUCGCCGAAUAUGCUGGGAUGGAGUGAUCCCAUCGCGGCUGUAGUACUACAUGCGAACCCUGGGGAUAUCGAACAUGUACUUGUGGAUGGGGAGUUCCGGAAACGGGAUUUUAAGCUAGUGGACAAGGUGUUGGCUUGGGGGAAGGUGCGGGAGAGGUUUUUGGAGGCUUCUAGGCGUAUUAAGGAGCAGAUAAAGGAGCCGCCUCCUAUGCCGGAGAGGCUUUGGGGAGUGGGUGAGUUUGGGGAUGUGGAGAUGGUGAGUACUAGAUGUUUUGGCUGUGGUCCUCGCGGUACACAGUAA